AUAUAAAAAUUCCUCAAAUUGGAAUUUAUCAAUAUGUGACUAGUAAUCCAAACAAAAUUCCAGAAAAUAAAGUUAUUUAUGUGGACUGGAUUACUGGUAAAAGUUAUACUUUUGGAGAAUUUAAACAUGAAUCGAAAAAGUUUGCCGCAGGAUUACAAGAUAUGUUAGAAUUUAAACGUGCAUCGGUUCUAAUUGUGCAUCCAGAAGUUCUUGAAAUCGCUAUUGAAGCUUUAAUCGAUGCAAAAAUUCCUACCUCCAGGGUAUUAUUGUUUGGUGAUAAAGAAAUAAACGGAUAUAAACCUUAUCGUUCUAUUUUAAUUGGUGACCGUGAAAUUGAACCGAUUUAUUAUACUCCUGAAGAAGUAAAAUCUACAACUGCCUAUUUGCUUUACAGUUCUGGAACAACCGGAAAGCCAAAAUGUAUCGAACGUACUCAUACAAACGUGGUUGCUCAUUUGGCUCAGUUAAUUAUUAUAGAUAGUAAACUUGGACCACACAGUAUAACUAUGGGUGUCACUGGUGCUACUACAAUCAUUCAUUCAAGCUUUAGUAUAGAAACGCUUUGUGAAUCAAUUCAAAAAUAUAAAAUUAACCGUAUUUAUGCUGCACCACCAAUUAUUUUUGAACUUGUCAAUUAUCCAUUGGCUCAACAAUUUGAUUUAUCGAGUGUGGAUAUAAUUCAAAGUGCGGGAUCUCCAUUAGAUAAUAAAUUGGAAAGAAAAUUUUAUGAAAUGUUUAAAAUACCAAUUUUGCAAGUUUAUGGUCUUACCGAAGUAAGUUCUGUACUAUAUCAUCCUUUUGAUACAGUGAAGAAUGCAUUUCCAGGCUCUGUUGGAUUUCUUGUUCCAAGUAUGAAAGCUAAAAUAUUAUCAGAAGAUGGUCAUGAAUUGGGAUACAAUGAGCCUGGUGAAUUGUGGGUUCACGGCCCAAAUGUUAUGAAGGGUUAUCUUAAUAAUAAAGAAGCUACAGAUUCCGUCAUUGACAAAGACGGAUUUUUUAGCACAGGAGAUAUUGUAUCUGUUGAUGAACAAGGAAACUUUUUUAUUGUUGGUCGAAAAAAAGAGUUGAUAAUAUACAAAAAUUUUCGUGUGGCACCUUCUGAACUGGAAUCGAUUCUUCUUACACAUGAUGCAGUAUUAGAUGCAGCAGUGAUAGGAUAUUAUUCUGAAAAAGAAGCAACCGAACUUCCUACAGCAUAUGUUACAAUUAAAAACGAGUAUGGGCAAUCUCAAGCUUUAGCAAAAGAAAUUCAAUCUUUUGUAGAUGAAAAGGUCAUGUCACAUAAAAAAUUAAGAGGUGGUGUAUUGUUCAUUAAUAGAAUUCCAAAAAAUGAUAUUGGUAAAAUUCAAAGAAGAUUAUUAAGAGAGAAAUUAAAAAAUGAUGUUAAAGAAUGA